AUGGCCUGUGGAGGGAAACAGAUUCCAGUUGUCUGUAAUCUUUGUGAGGAAGACUCUAAAAUAAAAUGGAAGUGCCUGAAUUGUGACAUGCUUAUGUGUGAUAAGUGUAAAGAGAAAAUUCAUGUGAAAUUCAAGUUUGCUAAGGAUCAUAAAGUUGUUUCUAUUCAGGAAGUUGGCCUACAUGACGAUGAAAUAGAUUUUUCCAAUAUAAGUUGUACAAAGCAUUUAAAUCAGAUUUGUUUCAUGUUUUGCAAAUCAUGUGACUGUUUAGUUUGCCCACUAUGCAUCUUUGAAACCCAUAAUGGUCAUGGCUUAGUGACCAUCAGAGAGGGAUUUGAAAUAAAAAUUGAUAGUUUAAAGAUGGGAAAAAAGAAUAUCAGAACUAAUAUAGAAGAACUGAACAAGAAUAAAGCAGAAGUAGAGAAUGUUGAUAGGAGAGAACAUUUGAAACAAGACAAUAUCCUGAAAAAACUUAUAACUCAGAAAAUUUUGUUAAUGAAGGAGGUCAAUAAACACAUAGAUAUACUAGAAUCUGAAAUAGUGGAUAGAUGGGAAGCCUUUCACCUGUCUACUAAAAAGAAAGAAAAAGAAGUAGCCAUGUUAAUUGAAAAUCUGGAAUCUCAAGAAACAGAAGUUGAUGAUAUUAUCAAAUCCAAGGAUGCUAAAAAAGUAUUUGUAGAUGGUUUAGGGUUAGUUCAAUCAAUCAAGGAGAAAGUUUCAACAUCGUGCACAGAGUUUAAUUAUCUUCCAAUUUUUCUCCCUGGACAAAUAACUGCUUAUAACAUAGGUUCUUUAGAAAAUAUUUCUAUAACGGGUGAAAUCAAGAUUAUUAAACAAUUUGACACUGAAAUUCCACAUGUGUAUUUUAUGACAGCGUAUUCUGACAAUACAUUGUGGAUUGCUGACCAUGCCACACUACAGAAAAUUAAAAUAGAAGACAGGAGUUUGAGGAUAGAAAUUGAGAAAACAGACAUCAAAAUCUAUGGUAUUGCAUUAACUCCAUCUGAAGAUCUGCUUGUAGUUGCUGGAGGAUCAGCAUUAAAGCAGAUCUGUGGCCUAACAGGAGAGAUGACUGAUUCCAAGUAUAAAGUAAAUGGUUUUACCCUAUCAGCUGUUCAUGUUAAUGCAGAUGGAAAAGUAAUUGUAGGUGCUUAUAGCGGGAAAGUAGUUUACCCAGCUGUAGGAUUUAGACGAGUUGUUAUAAUAAUGGAUAGUAAUGGGAAUCAUGAAUCUACUUAUGAAUAUGACACACAUGGCAAUCCAAUAUUUACUAAUAUUAAGAGUAUAACAAGAACAAUGAACGGUAAUAUAUGUGUAGCAGACAAGUUAUUUGAAGAUAACAGAGGCAGGGUGAUGAUACUAACUGAGAAUGGGGAUGUUUUGAAUAUCUUCGAGGGCCAUUCUGAUGACGAAAUAUCUUUCAAACCAAAUCUAGUAUUCGCUACUCAAUUUGACAAUAUAGUAGUUGCUAGCUUGACCAGUAAUAUAUACUUUCUUAAUAGUGCUGGGAAUUAUAUUGGGUGGUGUGAAACAAGUAAAGUUGGAAUAAUAUAUCCACGCUCUUUUUGUAGUACAGAAUCAGGUCAAACUUAUGCUGGAUGUAUAACACUUCAAAACAGUAGUUGCAAAGCCAAAAUAUAUGAAGUGCGGUUUUCAUGA